AUGUCGUCAGUUUUGCUUGGUGCAGGUGAGUACAGAAAUCGUCGUUCAAGACGUUUAGCAUCAACACGUGGAAUUAAAUGGCAUAAUUCUGAUUUAGAUGUUUAUCAUACAAAUGAUGAUAUAAAUUUCUCUGGUUGGAUACGUUUAUUUGCCGGUCCAGAUUAUGGCGAUGAAACAAAUAUAUCUAGUUUAUUGGAAAUUGAUUUAGAUACGACUGUUUACGAUUUAGUGACGUUAUUGUGUUUACCAAAUGAAUUAACAAUUUAUAAGCAAAUUGGUGGUAGUGAGAGUGAACGUUUAAAUGAAAAUACAACAUUAUUAGAAGAACAAAAUGAAUUUUUAAAAGUGUUGGGGUUUAGUGAUCAUACAAGACGUAAACGUUUAGGUGUUGAUCCAGAUUUGUGCCAUUUAAUUAACUUUCAUUUAGGACCUGCUGUACCAUUAAAACAUUUAAGUGGAUUUAAGACAUGUGGUUCGGUGUAUGUGUUGAAGGGCUUAGUAUUUCCACAAUGGAAAUUGCGUCCAAUGACUAUUUUAGGGCCAAUAUUAUUUAUUUUUCCAGGAAAUGUGGAUGGAACACCUGAAGAAAUUGAUUUGCGUAAUGCACAAAUAGUCGUUGCAGAAAAUCGUAAUGGGCGCUUUGUUUUACAAUUAUCACCAUCAACGGGACCAUGUACAAAUAAAUCGGAAGUUGUACAUUUACCAUUACGACAAAUUUAUUUGGGAUUUGAUCGAUUAUGGGAACGUAAUUUAUGGCAAUCAUGGUUACUACGGGCGACAUCCAGCUCAGUAAUCACAGUGAUUGCACGCAAUGAACGUAGUACGGAUCACAUGAACAAUGAAUUAGACAAAGAAGAAGACAACAAUAUUAAUGUAAAGAACAACAAAGAGGAAAAUGAAGAAGAAUGUUUAAAGAAAAAAAAAGAUAGUAUCCGUAUCGAUUUAAGCGGAUCUGCACUUGAACAAAUACCUGAUUCAAUGUGGCAUUCGUUAAUUACAAUCGCCACAAGUAUUGCAACAGAAGAUGAUAAUGAUUCAUCUACUAUAAUGUCUGAAAUAAAACAUAAUAAUAGAAUACCAUCACCGCCACCACUACCAAUGGUCAUCACCACAAUUAAUGGUAGUAACAAUAAUUCUUCUUCUAUAACACUUGGUAGUGGUAAAAGUACAAUACCAUCUUCAUCAACAAUUAUACAAACUAAUUCUUGUAAUAAUAAAAAUAAUAAUAAAGAUAUUCUUGUGAACGGCGAUAAUACAACUACAACAACAACAAAACAAGUGGAAGAAAUUGAUUUAGCAUAUAAUAAGUUAUCAGAAGAUGUUGCAUUAAAACCAUUAACAUUAUAUGUGAAUAAUACGUUACGUAGUUUACGUUUAACAGCUAAUUCUAUACGAACAUUUCCAACGUGCUUGUUUGAAUGUAAAUUAUUAAUGAAAUUAGAUUUGUGUGAUAAUCAAUUAAAUUACGUUCCUAAGGAUUUAUCAAAAUUGGAAAAGUAA